AUGAAUCUCAGCUUAACGAUUUUUUUCAGUAUCUCUGCAGCGAAGCCGUCUUUUUUCUCUGGCAUUAUCUAUCUAUCUAUCUAUCUAUCUAUCUAUCUAUCUAUCUAUCACAAUCUGUUCAUAUCUAUCUAUCUAUCUAUCUAUCACAAUCUGUUCAUGUCUAUCUAUCUAUCUACCUCCCUAUCUAUCACAAUCUGUUCAUAUCUAUCGAUCUCAUUCUAUCUAUCUAUCUAUCUAUCUAUCUAUCUAUCUAUCUAUCACAAUCUUUUCAUAUCGAUUGAUCUCAUUCUAUCUAUCUAUCUAUCUAUCUAUCUAUCUAUCUAUCACAAUCUGUUCAUAUCUAUCUAUCUAUCUACCUCCCUAUCUAUCACAAUCUGUUCAUAUCUAUCGAUCUCAUUCUAUCUAUCUAUCUAUCUAUCUAUCUAUCUAUCUAUCUAUCUAUCUAUCUACUGUUCUAUCUCACUCUGUCCAUAUCUAUCUAUCUAUCUAUCUGUUUCUCUGUUUAUAUCUAUCUAUCUAUCUAUCUAUCUAUCUAUUAUUUCUUCUUUAUUGGUUUUUACCUUGGACUAUCACCGUGGUACAACGCACCGGACCAUAACACUGUAUAUCUAUCCAUCUAUCUAUCUAUCUAUUUAUCUAUCUAUCUAUCUCAAUCUUUUCAUGUUUAUUUAUGACAGAGUGCUUUUCUCUCUCUCUCACUAUCUCUCUCUCUUUAUCUUUUAUCUCCUGUUUCUAUCUAUCUAUCUAUCUAUCUAUCUAUCUAUCUAUCUAUCUGUUUGUUGUGCUCUACUUAAAUCUAUGUCUUUCUAUCUAUCUCUAAAUCUAUCUCUAUUUGUAUUUCUAACUCUAUCUAUCUCUAAUCUCUUUCUUUUCUUUAAACUCUCUCUCUCUAUUUUUUACCGUCUCUUUCUUUUUUUCUCUCUCUCUUUCCUUUUCACUCUCACUGUUUUUCUCUUUCCAUUUUACCCUCUCUCUCUUUCCUUUUCACACUCUUUCUUUUCGUUAAACUCUCUCUCUAUUUUUACCCUCUCUUUCUUUCUUUUUCUCUCUCUCCGUCCUUUUCACUCUCGCUGUUUCUCUCUUUCCUUUUUACUCACUCUUUUCUUCAACUGUCUUUUUUAUACACUCUCUCUAUUUUUUACCCUUUCUUUUUUCUUUUCUCUCUCUCUUUCCUUUUCACUCUCGUUGUUUCUCUCUUUCUUUUUUACUCUCUCUCGCUUUCCUUUUCUUUGA